AUGGCUGGCCCGGAUGAAGGAAGUACAGCAAGGCUAUCCAAGCGAAUGAGCGGAGCUGUAGACUCUAUUCUACCAAAGAUUCGAUCUAUGAUUGAGGAUCGCAUAACCGCGUCMUCACAGCCAGAUGAACUGAAGAAAAUUGACAUGGGAACGGCCGAGAACGCUUUGCUACAUUCUGAAAUCACUGCGAUCUAUCUACAAUCCCUGGAAGAAGGCCUAAGAGAUCACAAGUACUUGCCAUACCCGGACGGCUUUGGCGGUGCUCCAGAUCUCGUCGAGUCCCUGGCAAAGUUCUUCAACCGAUACUUCCAGCCACGCAAUGAAGUUUCCUCAUCUCAAAUUGUGGUGGCACCAGGAGCUACGACUUGCCUGGAGGCUCUGUUGCAUUGUAUUUGUGAUCCUGGAGAUGGAGUCUUGGUCCCCGCACCAUAUUGGAAUGGGUUCAAUGUGACCUUUUCAAUACGUCCACAGGUACGGAUAAUACCAUUUGGUGGCGGUGGGAGUGUCGAAGACACUCUUUCCUCUCCCAGCCGUUUUGUUACUUCUUUUGAGGCCGCUAUCGCUGCAUCGAAAGCUCCAGUUCGCGCGCUGGUUCUCACAAAUCCUCACAAUCCUUUUGGUCGCUGCUAUGCGCACGAGAUGGUGGCCUUGUGUGCGCAAUUGUGUCAAAAGCACAAUUUGCACUUCAUUUCAGACGAGGUAUAUGCCCUUAGUGUCUUUGGAGGCGACGAAUUAGAUGCCCAGCCAUCGUCUUUUCCAUCUGCUCUCCAGCUUGACCUGCAAGCCCUCAGCGUAGAUCCAGAUCGUGUUCACAUAAUAUGGAGCACCAGCAAAGAUUUCGGUUCGAGUGGCGUACGGGUGGGCGCUAUCAUAUCACAAGCGAAUGAAAGACUUCGUGCGAGUCUCGCUCUGGCUUCCAACAUUCAAGUGUCUUCGUUGGCUGCAGUCGCGACAACUGGACUUUUGACGUCUCCGGAGCUCGACCGGUUGAUAGUACUGAACAGACAAAGGCUAAAGGCAGCAUAUGAGAAAGUCACUGCAUUUCUAGAAGCCAAUGGCUUUCUCUACGUACCCGCUACUGCCGGUCCAUUCGUAUUCGCCAAACUUCCGGGAGCAACGGAGACCUUGUUGGAUGAGCAGCGAGCGGUACAGAUAUUUGCCUCAGCCGGUGUAACGGUCAGCCCUGGGACGAACUAUGGCUGGGGUAACUGCCAGUUUGGAUGGAUUCGCAUCACAUUUGCUAUCUCACAGCUUGAAGAAGGUCUGAAGAGAAUGGUUAUUGGUCUAGAAGGCAUGAUUUCAGGAGAUAUGCAAUAA